UAAGUCACCAACCUGAAGGUUAUAUUACUAUCUAGAAUGGAGGAAACUCCUCCGGUGGGAUUCCGUCCGCUUCCUCCGCUCGACGAGCCACUCUGCCAUAUUUAAUUUGUUGUCGUUUCUGUCAGAAUCCUUUUUUGACAUUCCCGACGGCUUUGGCUGUCCGAAGUCCGUUUUAUGACGACCUGUGUCUUGUAUAUAAAUGGAGUCCCCACCACCUCACUCGACUCACACUGACGACCACGUAUUUGACAGAUCUCCAUCCCACAAGGUAAUUACAGAAAUGUCUAAAACAGUUUUGAUCACUGGUUGCAGCCAUGGAGGACUAGGGGCAGCAAUGGCUAAGGUCUACCUCGCUAAAGGCUUCCGGGUCUUUGCAACGCUGCGCGAUAAGGCCAAGGCCGGAGAUCUGGCUCAAACAGAUGGCAUAGAGAUUGUCGAACUGGAAGUCACAUCGGUGGAAUCCAUUCGCAAAUGCGCAAAUACUGUUGCGAAACAUACAGGAGGGACACUCGAUUUCCUCGUCAACAACGCGGGCGUCAACGCCGUAGUACCGCUUCUGGACGCAUCCCUCGACGACGCGAAGAAGGUAUACGACACCAAUGUUUGGAGUAUUGUUGCCAUGGCACAGGCAUUCGCUCCAAUGCUCAUCAAGGCCAAAGGGACUAUGUGCAACAUCAGUUCAGUGUCUAGUGAAAUGGUCUUUGCAUGGGCGGGUAUCUAUAGUAGCUCUAGGAGCGCUGAGACGAGGAUUUCCGAGACGUUACGUCUUGAGAUGGCGCCUCUUGGCGUGCGCGUUGUCACUGUCAUCCUCGGCGGCGUCCAGACAAGCGGAAAUGACCCUGCCAAUAUCGCAGACCUUGAGUUGCCUCCGGCUUCGCACUACCGGAAGAUUACGGAGGUCAUAGAUCGCCACAAGAAAACUAUGGUACACCCUAACAAGCAGAAUGUCGAUAUAGCAGCGAGGAAUGUGGUCGACGACGUUCUCAGCGGUCGCAGCCCUUUCAUUCGACGCGGGCAGGCUUCUACUCUGAGUUGGUUCUGCAACACAUUUCUUCCAUAUGGGUUCUUUACUUGGAUGAUCAAUCGGGAUUCGGCUCUUGAUCAAAUUGGAUUUCACGAAGACGCCACAUGAUUUCGAGGGUCGGUGGAGAGGUAGAAUAUGGGAAGCGCUAUAGUGUAUAUAUGUAGUGAUAUUCAGGAGUGCAAUAUCUAAGUCGUGUUCUCUAAUAGUAGGGACUAGCUAGC